UAGUAGUAUCCCACAGCCAUAUUUUUCUACUCUUCUCCUCUUCACUUCACUUGUUUUUUGUUUGCAGUCUUCUCUACCUUUGCCUCCCUUCUCUGCCUCACAGCUUCUUUCCCUUGCCUGAACUUCUUAACCUCAAAUGGUGAGGAUUAUUAACCUCAUCAAAUCUCAAUCCAGUUCUUGAAUCAUUCCUCACUUUUGAUUGUUUUUUGAUCUGGGCUUUUACUAUUUCUCUGUCAGAUCAAAGCCUUUUCAUUUUCUUAUCACUUGAACAAUUUCUUGUUGCUUCUUUACUUUGUUUACUUUUGCACAUAGGAAAACCCAUCUCGAUUUUGGUUUUCUUUGAUUGGAAUUGUGAUAAAGAUGUGCUGAAAAGAGGGUUUUGGUUGAAGAUGCAAAUGGUGGCUGUUUCCGUUUCUUAUGAGGUCUGCUUCAGUUGGUUCUACUGCAGAGAUAAUUAAUUUUUGCCCAAGUUUUUUUUUGCUUUCUCUGAAAAAUGGGUAGAGGGAGAGGAAAGGGUAAGAAACAAUUGAGUAUUGCUGCUCGUGAAGAUGCCGGAAGUGGUGACGAGGAGAAAUUACCGGUGAGGAGAAGGGGAAGGCCACAGAAACCACUGAAGGAUGACAUUGAGGAAGAUGAAGAUGUUGAGAAGAUAGAAGAAGAAGAAGAAGAAGACAGUGAAAGUGCAAAGAGCUCUGUUUUAAAUAAAGAUAGUAAGAAUCAACCCGCUGUUGAGAAUGGCCGGAAGAGGAAAAGGGCUUCGCAAGUCAAGGAAAACUUAGAUUCUAUCAAAGAGGAAAAUGGUGUGGGAAACAAGACUAACACUAAUGAAGCAGUGAAGUCUGUUGGAUUCAGACAGAACGGCAGCAGAAGAAAGAACAAGCCUCGUCGGGCUGCUGAAGUUGGUGUGGAGUGCAGAUGAAUUUUGUGCUCAUUAUUGGAGAGCACAAAAUUUGGCUUUCCAUUUUAUUUUGCCAUUUGUCGUAUUUUGUUGUGUUUGAUAGUCUCAACUGAAAAUUUUAUUAUCAAUCAAUAUUCUGUGAUGAUAUCAAGAAGCCUUUGGUUUUACCAA